UCUCUUUCAUUGGGCUGGAAGUGCAGCUUCUCUCUUGUAUUUGCACUGCCGAGGUUUUCAUGCUCCUCUUUUGACUGCAACUUCAAACAUGAAUGCAUCAAUUUGUAGAGCUUCUCCAUAAAUACACAAGCGUCGUCCGUCUUCCAGGCUCACAACGACGAAGAACGCUCCUAUAACGGGCAGUGGCAGAUGUACAACCCAACCAGAACCUUUGAUGAGGGCUGUGUAAGUUGGUCAUCACUAAAUAUGCAGAAAAUGAAUUUUUUUUGGGUUCAAAGAGUUUGAUUAUUGUGGGACUUGAGAUGAAGAAAGUUGAACAAAUUUGGAAGCUUAACCCACCAAAUUAGACCCCAUGAGAAUAUUCGAAAGCUCCAAACUCAACCUCUUCAAGUUCAGAGCUUCUAUAUUAAGCUCACAAGUGACCCCUUUUGGCCCCUUCAAUUCCUUUGUACAAAAAAGAUGGCUAAAGCCUGAAAUUUCAGCCCGAACACGAUUAGAAGACCGAACCAGGGACUCAAAGCUAGACAAACUAACAACCCACCUCAAGAAGCUCGAUAUCAUCCUAAAACUACAAGACCUCAUGUCCAAUCGGAAACGUGGUCCCUUUGUGUCCUUGCAACUAAUGUCUCGAUGGAGGAACCUUGUGGGGCUUAAUGUAGGCAUUGGUGCCUUUGUUCACAAAUACCCACAUAUUUUUGAGGUGUUUACGCAUCCGGUGCGGCGCAGUUUGUGUUGCAGGAUCAGUAAGAAAAUGAGGGGUUUAAUAGAGGAAGAGGCAAUGGCUAUGAAACAAUGGGAAUUCGAAGUUGUUCAUCGUGUAAAGAAGUUGUUGAUGAUGUCUGUGAGUGGCACUCUGCAUGUCCACGCUUUGAGGCUGGUCAGGAAAGAAUUUGGAUUGCCCGAGGAUUUCAGAGAAUCCAUCCUUGGUAAAUAUUCAAAGGAUUUUAGGUGGAUUGAUUUAGAGGUUGUAGAACUGAUUAGUAGAGAUGAGAAUUUGGAUGUUGCUGAAGUUGAGAAAUGGCGAGAGAAGGAAUUUAGAGAGAAGUGGUUGAGUGAGUUCGAGACAAAGUAUGCAUUCCCUAUAAAUUUCCCAACAGGGUAUGAAAUCCAAGCAGGAUUUAGAGAUAAGUUGAAGAAUUGGCAAAGGCUUCCUUACGUGAAGCCUUAUGACAGGAAAGAGGUUGUCAGCAUUCGUAAUUGUGGAGGGAUAGAGAGGUAUGAGAAACGGGCGGUUGGUAUUCUUCAUGAGUUCUUGAGUUUGUCAGUACAGAAGAUGGUUGAGGUUGAAAGAUUAGCUCAUUUUCGGAAAGAUUUUGCUAUGGUCGUUAAUGUGCGGGAGCUUAUCUUGAAGCACCCUGGAAUUUUUUACAUAUCAACCAGACGUAAUACUCAAACCGUUUUUCUUAGAGAGGCAUAUAGUAAAGGGUGCUUAAUUGAGUCUAAUCCGAUAUAUGAUGUUCGGAGGAAAACUUUAGACCUUGUUUUCCUAGGGUGUCGAAAUACUAGAGGAAUGCCAGCUCCAGAGGAAAUUAAGGCGUUCAAAGUAGAUUUGGAUGUCAAAAUGGAUGGUGACUGGGUUAUUCCAAUGUUAGAGAACUUGGACAAUGGAAGUUGAAAUUGGUAAUUCAAGGUUUCAUAAAUACAAUGCGACUUGAAAUUAGUGAAAUGGAUAUAAUUAUUGAGCGAUGGAAAAUGUUAACCCUUUGAUGAUGAUCCAUAUUUUUCAACAUGUGUCAUCUGCAAAAUAACUUAAGUUGAACCCUUCAAUGAAGACUGCUUGCCCCCAACAGACCACUCUAGCUAACUCAACCUGCCGACAAUGUGGCAUUCGAUACUGGAGUUAGAUGAAAAAAAAGUGGAAAAUGAGAUUUUCAGAUAUCUAGAGUAAUUCCAAUGGAGCAAGAGGCUAAUUCACUGCGCCAAGACAUAUGCAUUACAAUAAGAAGAUGAAACUACAUAGGUUUUGGAGAUCAAAUUGACAUGGGAUGCUAUCAAUUGACUUCAGGAGAGACUUAAUAGCUUGCCGUGGGUUUAUAUCAAGGAGAUUCAUUCUCCUUGUGAAGACUAUAUUGCCACCAAAACUAUCAUAUUCACAAGGGCAUACGGCUUUUUGGCACAACAAGGAGGAAGAGCUUUUCUAGGGUUUUUCUUUUCUAGGGGUACAAUGUAGCUCUGUCAUGAAUAUUUAAUUUCCUUUUGGCAUUGUUAUUAUCAAGUUUUUCUUCCUUACUA